UGAAAAAUAUGUCUGAGGGGAUUUGCGAGGUGUCUGAGCCAGCUAUCUAAUGUUGGCAUACUACUACCCACAAGGUAGACAGCGAUGUAUUGUCGGAUUGACUGAGACGGAUAGUUAAAAAAUUUGGGAGGUGCACGUCAGGCCACGGAGAGGUGCUCGGAGAGGGUUUGCAACGACGGAGAGGGCUCUCCAUGUCUCUGUGUCUGCGAAAACGGACGACCAUAAAUUCGGCUUUAGUGCUGAAAGGAAAGGAAGGAGGACCAAACAACACACUGGUAUCUGUCCAGAUUUUAAAGGGCUUUGAACAAGAUUUGAACAGUUUAAGACUUAUGUUCCCUUUUUAACUCAGAGACUUUACAAGUAAACCUUACCAUUGCUGCAAUAUAGUGAUACAUGUGUUCAGAUUUAGAGAAAACACACCACUGAGAUUUGUGUUAAAAUAAUUCUGCUUGCCUACCUAAUUCUCAGUGGUACCCAGUGACUUUUACCAAAUGUGCCUUAGCUGGCAAUCAGGUAAAUCUUAUAUGACAUCCUAAAUUAGCUUUGAGGUUUGGAGCUAACGUUUUCUUGAAUUAUUAGAGCCAAGCGCACAUAGCAUUUCGGUAGAAAUUGGGUUUUUUCUCAUCAAUGAGGGUGAUGCUGGGCCAGCUACAACAGCAGUUUUCCCCUCUACCAGGACGGUACUAUCAACCAACAGACACACCCCCUUUCUUGAUUUUCAACGGCGUAGUAUUUUUCUGUCUGUUCCCUGGUAAGUGUCCUCUGCAUGACAGAACCUGUUAAGAGGGAUUAGUCAGUGGGGGGAACCAAACAGUUAAGAUGCAUCCGUCAUGUGGACGUGAGUGGUCAAUUUCACCCCAAAACUAAUACAAUUCGCCUCGCUAUCUUGUAGUGAUGCCUGGUUGCAUCUUAGAUGCCCUGGGUGGUGGUCCGUGAAUCAUGCAGACGCAUGCGCCGUGGAGUCGCUGCUGCAGAGCGUUCGCUGAGGAGAAUCGACGCUGCCAAGACAACACACAUGCAGACGUAGAGCCACUAUUUCAGCACCGCGGCCGUCCACCAUUGCAUGUCAGUGUUCAAUAAGUCAUCGAUUAUGGAGGCACCGUGUACUAACGCAUUUGGUCUCUGACAUGUGUCAAGGCUCGUAACUUACUAGUAACAGCUGUGCUGCGUGCAUAGGCAACAAAACAAAUCAAGAGAAAUAAUUACCGCGGGUGUUUGUCACACCUCCUGGCCACUGUAAGUGUGUGUGUAUAGGGGGCAGCCAUGCCUCUGGUGAAGAGGAGCAUCGAGCCAAGGCACCUGUGCCGACGGGCCCUUCCUGACGGGGUGACCAGUGAGCUGGAGUGCGUCACCAACAGCACCCUGGCGGCCAUCAUCAAACAGCUGGGUGGUUUGAGCAGACAUGCUGAAGACAUAUUUGGGGAGUUGUUCAAUGAGGCCAACAGCUUCUACAUUCGAAUGAACCACUUGCAAGACAGAGUUGAUCAGUUGGCUGUCAAAGUGACACAACUUGACUCCACAGUGGAGGAGGUGUCACUGCAGGACAUCAACAUGAGGAAGGCCUUCAGGAGCUCUAUCACACAGGACCAGCAGGUGGUGUCCAGAAACUCCAUCCUUAACUCCGUCCUGGAGAUGUACCAGCGCUGUGACAAGCCCCCGCCCCUCAACAUCCUCACCCCAUACAGGGAUGAUAAGAAGGAUGGCCUGAAGUUCUACACAGAUCCUUCCUACUUCUUCAACCUCUGGAAGGAGAAAAUGUUGCAAGCCACAGAAAACAAACGGAAAGAGAAAAGGAGGCAAAAGCAAGAGCAGAAGCAAGUGGAAGACCCUGGCCGUGAGGUGAAAAAGGUCCGCAAGGCUCGGAAUCGCAGGCAGGAGUGGAACAUGAUGGCCUACGAUAAGGAGUUCCGCCCAGACGCGCGCCUCACCCCCUCACCCUAUCAUGGCAUGUCCUCUGAGGGCUCCCUCUCCCCUGACAGGUCUGGCAUGUCAGAUGAGCUCUCCUACCCAGCCAGCCCCAACCACCCACCUCAGGAGGUUGGUGGCCCUGGUCCGGACGGGAUGGACUCAGCUCCUUCGCAGACCCAGUCUCUAGAUCGGGCCUACCGACCCCCAGCCUCUGCUACAGCAUCGGGCGCAGCUCGUCAGCACUCUCUGGGCCGUGUGCCGUCCCACCCACCCACAGACUCGGCCCUCAAUGGGCCCCGGCCUGCAGCAGCCAAAGACUACAGUGGUCACCAGAUGCCAGAGCCCUUUGUCCCUCCCGCUCCCCCUCCUCCCCCUCCCCUCAUCCCCUCCGCCCAGACGGCCUUCGACAGCGCUGCCGGUGGAUGCCCCCCCACCCUGGCCCCUGGUACUGUGGCGGCCAUCUCCCGCCCCUACAGCCCCUCCCCUCCUCCCGCUCCCCCUGCCUCCUACGUCCCCUCCCCAUCCCAUCCGGCAGGUGCUGGUGGUCCCCCCGUUGCACCUCCUCCGCCCCCUCCGGGUCCCCCCACCUACGCCCCAUCUCCGGCCCGCGCGGGCCACCCAGCCUCCGGGGACACGCUGCCCAGGAAGGGCCAGGUGCCACUCAUCCCGAUAAGCGACGCCCGCAGCGACCUGCUUUACGCCAUCCGCAGAGGUAUCCAGCUGCGUAAGGUGCAGGAGCAGAGGGAGCAGGAGGCCAAGAAGGAGCCGGUGGGGAACGACGUGGCCUACAUCCUGGCACGACGCAUCGCCGUGGAGUACAGCGAGUCCGACGACGACUCCGAGCCGGAGGAUAACGAGUGGUCAGACUGAGGAAGAGGAGGAAGGAGAAGAAGGUGGGGAAUGGAGAGAAAAUCGGAGGAGAGGAGACAGGAUACUCCCGGAUCAACACAUUGCUGCUAUUUCAGAAAUAGGAUAUACACUGCACACACACACACACACACACACACACACACACACACACACACACGUAUCCUUACACACAGACACAAACACAGACACACACAUACACGAAGAGGGAAAUAUGAGAAAGCACAUGAGAGAUAUAGAGAGAUAUAGAAAGAGGAAGAAUAUAGGAUGCAGACAAAACAGAGUUUACCAUACCAUAAAAACUGCAUUUCAAACAGUGAAAUAGUGAAUAAUAUACAGUAUAUGUGCAUUUUAAAUAGUUUAUCUAUAAAUUCCAAAGUGAAUAUAUUGUAUCUCAGUCAUUAACAUAGAAGUGGUCUGGCAAUGAAAGAUUGAUGAAUUAGUGACAGAAAGAUAAAGAGAGGCUUGUACUUUGAAAGUAAGCACAGAUAGCCAACAUCUGCAGUAUUUACAUCAAACAACUAUGAAACUAAGUGUUUUGUUCCUGAACUGCCAAGAAUAUCUUUGUUCAAACGAUAUGCGUGUUUUUACUUGAUGUUUUAUUUGACAUUUCUUUAGAAAACUGCCGUUACAAAGUUUUGUGUGCUCCUGUCUUGGUACCCAUCUGUGUUCCAUGGUUCGAUAGAAGAAUUCAGAUCAAUGUCAGAUCAUUGCACUUGUCAGUCAGUGAACACGUAAUGUGCCCUACUGUAUUUGCCUGCGGUCCAGCUCUUGUGGCGUAGCGUCACAGUGUUGGCACCCUUUGAAUCUGUGACUACACACACGCACACAGUGACAGCUACAGAUUUGCUCUCUGAAGUCUACCAACCUUUGAUUUGGCUAGCACAGCAGAAAUCUGUCAAACUCCAGUCCCUUCAGCCCUAGCAUUAUUAUAAACGUCUCCUUUGUAUUGUCUUCUCUUUAACUAGGAUAAUAUACACCCUUCACAAGGAUGAUUAUCCACAGUGGAAAUCAAGACAGACAAGAUCAUGAUGGAGAAGAGUAUUUUGCUGAGCUGAGAGAAAGAGGCCUGUGCUUAAAUAGUAUUUAAUUGCAUUUCUGGGCCUCUCUGCUGUGGCAGAUGGGUAGGCUUCGCACUCUUUGGGAAUAGUCCAUUAGUCUGUUGCAUGCAGCAGUCUCAGAUCCAUCUGUAAGAAGUCCAGUGCAGUCGCAGUUGUGGUUGUAGUCGCAGUACCAGUGCAUCGCUGGACGUUUAGAGGCCACCUCUCACAUUCCGUGGAAACCAAAUAGGUGAUUUCAUAUCCGUAGUACAUAUACCUCAAACACUGGGUGUCCUCUUGACAAUACUGUGUGCCAGGGAAGCUUCUCAUACGCCACCCCUGCUCUUGCUGGAUGAUGGUCUGCCCAUUGGGGGUGGAAAGUGCAAAAUAAAUGGCCCAGUGGCCUUCUGUAUUAAUAUUUAAUUUCCAGAUCAUACUGCAGCCUUAAUCAGAAUCAGUUCAGUAAAAUAUCUACUGUACAAGAAGACAUACAUUCAGAUUUGUGGAAAAUUAUGAAUAUUUUACCAGCAUCAGGCCAGUGUGGUUUAAAUGACAAAAUGCAGUAUAUAUCUGCCUUAGCUCACAUAAACAAGAUUUGAUCAAAGGUAAUGAGUAUAUCAGAUGAUUCAGGCCUUUCAGACCAUUUAAUUUGGACUUCUCUGACGUCUCCUCCAUUGUUGAUGGUGUGCUGCAAGUGGUUAAUGUUGGAUGGAAGAAGCAGUAGAUUGGCUCAGCAACCCUUUGGCUUUUAUGUAACACACAGUGAUUAGUAGGGUUGACUGCUGCCUAACCCAUACUGUAGCAGUUAGCCAAGCACUUCGAUAUCUACUGUUUUUCUUUAUAACAAAAGGCUUUUUCAUUUGUUCCUUUGCUCUGUUGUUGACAGUGUUGUGGUGAAUAUUGAUACCCUUACUGACAGUGAGUAAACUCCUUCGUUGUUAUUUUUUAUUAUCUAAAAAAUAAGGUGGAUAGUAACUGUAUGGGGAAUACUUUGCCAUGUUCUUUUAUUACUUCUGUGAUAGUUUAUUUUUUCCCUUCAAGCAUAUACUGUGUAGACAGUAGUUCUGAUCCCUAAUGAUUCCACUGUGUGUGUGGAUGCAUGUGUGUGUGUGAGAGAGCAUAUGUGUGUUUGUCUCCUUAUAUGCAUCAGUGUGUAUUUGUGUGUUACAGAUCUCUAUGCCUCUUUCCUUUGUUUGAUUUGCAUUUUGUGCCGAAACACUUUAUUAACUUGAAAGCUACACAUUGGCCAUUUUUUCAGUACCUUUGACUGAAAUGUGAAAUGUACCCUGGAUGCAAAAGAUAGGGCCCUGCAUAUGACAGAGUCUGUGAUGAAGAGUCAUUGGUCCUGUGAUUUAUAAAGUACAGUAUUGAUGUGUUUUACAAUCCAUUGUUGUAUAGAUUUUUUGUAACACUGCUUGUACAAGGAACUUGGGCAUAUACGUAUCAAGCGACAUAUCACAUGGAAUCAGAUAUGCUUUCAAUCAAUAUGCAUGUAAUAAAAUGAAUAAAAAUGGAAAGAUAGAAA